AGCGAGCGAGCGCGAAAGAGCGAGCGAGCGCGAAAGAGCGAGCGCAAAAGACCGAGCGCGAGAGAGCGAGCACGAAAGAGAGAGCGAGCGCGAAAGAGAGAGCGAGCGCGAAAGAGAGAGCGAGCGCGAAAGAGAGAGCGAGCGCGAAAGAGAGAGCGAGCGCGAAAGAGCGAGCGCGAGAGAGCGAGCGCGAGAGAGCGAGCGCGAGAGAGCGAGCGCGAGAGAGAGCGCGAGCGCGAAAGAGAGCGCGAGCGCGAAAGAGAGCGCGAGCGCGAAAGAGAGCGCGAGCGCGAAAGAGAGAGCGAGCGCGAAAGAGAGCGCGAGCGCGAAAGAGAGCGACGCGAAAGUGAGCGAGAAAGCGAGCGCGAAAGAGAGCGCGAGCGCGAAAGAGAGCGCGAGCGCGAAAGAGAGCGCGAGCGCGAAAGAGAGCGCGAGCGCGAAAGAGAGAGCGAGCGCGAAAGAGAGAGCGAGCGCGAAAGAGAGAGCGAGCGCGAAAGAGAGAGCAAGCGCGAAAGAGAGAGCAAGCGCGAAAGAGAGAGCAAGCGCGAAAGAGAGAGCAAGCGCGAAAGAGAGAGCGAGCGCAAAAGAGAGAGCGAGCGCGAAAGAGAGAGCGAGCGCGAAAGAGAGCGAGCGCGAAAGAGAGCGAGCGCGAAAGAGAGCGAGAAAGCGAGCGCGAAAGAGAGCGAGAAAGCGAGCGCGAAAGAGAGCGAGAAAGCGAGCGCGAAAGCGAGCGAGCGCGAAAGCGAGCGAGCGCGAAAGCGAGCGAGCGCGAAAGCGAGCGCGAAAGAGAGCUAG